AUGGGCAGCAUCAAGCGCAUAUCAAAGGAGCUGACCGAGCUCACCGAAUGCCCUCCCGAAGGAAUCAAGGUUGAGCUAGCCGAUGAGUCGAACGUGUAUGAGUGGAGGAUCACAAUGGAUGGACCCGAAGGAUCACCAUUUCACAAUGGCAAGUUCCUAGUCAAGCUCUCCCUACCAACGGAAUACCCGUUCAAGCCACCGACAGUCUCCUUCGCAACGAAAAUCUACCAUCCAAACAUAACAAACGACGACAAAGGAAGCAUGUGUCUUGGCAUGCUCCGCGCCGACGAAUGGAAACCCAGCUCCAAGAUAGCUGCAGUCCUGCAAUUCGCCAGACAGCUAUUAUCCGAGCCGAUGCCUGAUGAUGCCGUCGAGGGACGGAUUGCAGAGCAGUACAAGAAUGACCGGGGGCGCUAUGAGGAGGUUGCGCGGGAGUGGACUCGCAAGUAUGCUUGUUGA